GUAAAGAUGCUCCCUUCUCUUCGCCGUCGGUUGUGAGAGGAAAGGAGGAGAAGAGGAGGAAUAAAGAAGAGGAGAGGUUUGAUAGAAGCACGAGUCAAGAGAAGGAGGAGAGGAGGGUUAUCCGACCAGGAAAGAAAUACAGGACUGUUAUCCCUGUCCGUUUUUUUUUGGGGGGGAGACAUCAAGGAACAGAAAGAGAGCAGAAGGGAUUUUCGUUUUGUAAUUUUGAAGAGACAAACGAAGAAGAGGAGACACACACUGUAGAAAACGACACGGGAGGAGAGGCUUAUCAGGAGAGGAGGGGGGGGAAAGCAAAGAGAUUGUGUAGAAAGAGGGAUAUUCCAGAAUGAAGAGGAGACGCAGCCCGGAGGAAGUGUGGAUUUGAAGCUCUGCCUCACUCUCCAUCACUCUUUAGCAAAGGAACGGGACGGAAUAGAGAGACACUGACGACAAGCAUCGCUAAAAACCCCAGCAGAGAGUGGAUUAAAAGACAGAGACAACCUGUGUGUCCGUCCCCUCCUCUCCUCCUCCGUCCCUCUGCUUUUCUCUUUGUGGAUGUUGACUAAAGUCAAUUUUCGGACGUGAAGGAUUUAUUUAGUCUAUGUUAGAAGGCGGAGGCAAAGAAAACGCACCCGUCUCCCCCGUCUCUCUCUCUCCCUCUCUCUCUCUCUCCCCCCUCUCUGUCCCUCUCUCCCUCUCUCUCCUCUCUCCCUCUCUCUCUCUCUCUCUCUCCGUUUUCUGGAUGUGAAGCAGCAUGCGGCCCGGUGAGAGCUUAGAGGGCUCGCGCUCGGCUCGCGGAAGAUGUAUUGAUGCUAAUAAUAUUACUAAUAGCGGCACGGAACGCUGUCUCGCGCACCCCUCGUCGCUACAGAGGAGGAUGAAGAGGGGGACGACGAAGAGGAGGAUGAGAGGAACGAACGAGAGGAUGACGGACGGAGGAAUGACGGCGAUGCGCUGUUUUCUGUGGAGUCUCGUUCUCUGCUCGCUCUCCUCGCGCGCGCAAGGUUUUAUCUACACCUGCGGGGGUACACUGAAAGGCCGAAAUGGCAGUAUAGAAUCUCCAGGCUUUCCCUAUGGCUACCCCAAUGGGGCAAACUGCACCUGGGUCAUUGUUGGGGAGGAAGGAAGUAGAAUCCAGCUCAUGUUCUUGUCAUUUGCCAUAGAAGAAGAAUAUGACUUCCUGUCCUUGUAUGAUGGGCACCCGCAUCCUUCUAACUUCAGGACCAGGCUGACAGGCUUCCAGGUUCCUCCCCCUGUCACCAGCACAGGAAAUGUCUUCUCUUUGAGGUUGACCAGUGACUUCGCUGUCUCUGCACAUGGCUUCAAGCUCAACUACGAAGAACUUCACAGCACAUCUUGUGGUAACCCCGGCAUCCCACCCAAAGCGGUGCUCAGUAGUGGAGGCCGUUUUGCUGUGGGAGACCGUGUGCAGUACAGCUGUGUUCCUGGUUACGUCUUAGACGGCCACGCCACGCUCACCUGCAUUACCAAUGCCGGAAACACUGCCGUCUGGGACUUUCCUGCGCCGAUUUGUCGAGCUGAGGACACAUGUGGGGGCACUGUGAGGGGCGGCAGUGGGGUGGUGACCAGUCCCGGUUACCCCGGCAACUAUGGUAACCAGGCCGACUGUACUUGGAUCCUAUUGGCCGAACCUGGAGACACCAUCUCUGUCAUCUUUACAGACUUCCAGACAGAGGAGAAGUACGACUACUUGGAAGUUGAGGGAUCUGAACCACCAACCAUUUGGUUGUCAGGCAGUAAUGUCCCCUCUCCCAUCGUCAGCAACAAAAACUGGCUCCGAUUACAUUUUGUGACUGAUGGCAACCACCGUUAUCGUGGUUUCAGUGCGCAUUAUCAAGUGAAGCGAUCAGUAGAUUUUAAAUCGCGGGGCGUUAAAUUAUUCCCUGGCAAAGACUCCAGCAACAAGUUUUCAAUAUUAAAUGAAGGUGGUGUGAGACAGGCGUCUAACUCCUGCCCCGACCCGGGAGAGCCAGAGAAUGGAAAACGCCAUGGAAAUGAUUUCAGCAUCGGCAGUGUGGUGCAGUUCAGCUGCGGAGAAGACUACGUUCUUCAGGGCAGCAAAACCAUCAGCUGCCAGAGGGUGGCUGAAGUCUUCGCAGCCUGGAGCGACCACAGACCAGUCUGUAAAGUGAAGACAUGUGGCAGUAAUCUUCAUGGGCCAUCAGGAACCUUCACAUCUCCGAACUUCCCAAUUCAAUAUGAGAGCAACGCACAGUGUGUGUGGAUAAUCAGUGCUUCAAAUCCCAAUAAGGUAAUCCAGAUCAACUUUGAAGAGUUUGACCUGGAGAUAGCCUACGAUACGCUGACUAUAGGAGAUGGAGGGGAGGUGGGAGAUCCUACUACUAUUCUACAAGUCCUGUCAGGUAGCUUUGUUCCUGACCUGAUAGUCAGCAUGACCCACCAGAUGUGGCUUCAUCUACAGUCAGAUGAGAGCGUUGGAUCCAUAGGAUUUAAGAUCAACUACAAAGAAAUAGACAAAGAGAGUUGUGGUGACCCUGGAACUCCUCUCUAUGGAAUAAGAGAAGGGGACAGCUUCUCAAACGGAGGAAUCUUGAGGUUUGAGUGCCAGUUUGGCUUCGAGCUGAUUGGAGAGAAAACAAUUUCCUGCCAAGACAACAAUCAGUGGUCAGCAAACAUCCCUAUAUGCAUUUUCCCCUGCAUGUCCAACUUCACAGCUCCCUCAGGAACCGUCCUCUCCCCGGAUUAUCCUGAAGGCUACGGGAACAACAUGAACUGUGUCUGGCUCAUCCAGUCAGAUCCAGGCUCCAGAAUCCACUUGGCAUUUAAUGAUUUUGACCUUGAGGCGCCCUAUGAUUCCCUAACAGUGAAAGAUGGUGAGACAAAUGAUGCCCUCAUCAUCGGGAGGUUCUCUGGAGCCGAAAGUCCUUCCCAUCUGACGUCCAAUACCAACACACUGAGGCUGGAGUUUCAGGCGGAUCACUCCAUGUCAGGACGAGGAUUUAAUAUCACAUACAGUACAUUUGGCCAUAAUGAGUGCCCAGACCCUGGCAUUCCCAUCAACGCUCGUCGCUUUGGAGACAGUUUUCAGCUUGGCAGCUCCAUAUCUGUGGUCUGCGAGGAAGGCUUUAUCAAAACCCAAGGAACCGAGACUAUCUCCUGUCAGUUAGAAAGAGGAAAAGUCAUGUGGAGUGGGCCAAUCCCGAAAUGUGAAGCCCCAUGCGGAGGCCACUAUUCAGCCCCAACUGGAGUGAUUUUGUCUCCUGGGUGGCCUGGUUACUACAAAGAUUCCCUCAGCUGUGAGUGGGUGAUUGAAUCAGAACCUGGACGCUCCAUCAAAAUCACCUUUGACAGGUUCCAGACAGAGCUGGGUUAUGACUUUUUGGAGAUCCAUGAUGGCCCAAACCUUCUGUCUCCUCUGAUUGGCUCCUUUAAUGGUACCCAGGUUCCCCAGUUCCUGUUCAGCAGCAGCAACUUUCUUUAUCUGCUGUUCACCACCGAUAACAGUCGAUCAAAUGCUGGCUUCAAAAUAUUAUAUGAAAGCGUUACAGUGGACAGCUACUCAUGCCUGGACCCUGGUAUCCCUGUCAAUGGUAUCCGGUAUGGACAGGAUUUCUCCAUCGGGUCCACGGUUUCAUUUGGUUGCGAUUCUGGCUACAGACUCAGCCAUGAGGAGCCACUAGUGUGUGAGAAGAACCACUGGUGGAGCCACCCUUUACCUACAUGUGACGCUCUAUGUGGCGGGGAUGUUAGAGGUCCCUGGGGAACCAUCCUUAGUCCCGGCUAUCCAGACAGCUACCCUUCAUCUCUCAACUGUACCUGGACUGUUGAAGUCAGCCACGGGAAAGGUGUCCAGUUUCAGUUCAAUUCCUUUCAUCUGGAGGACCAACAUGACUACCUCUUGGUGACUGAGAACGGAAGUUUCCUGCAACCAUUGGCCCGCCUGACCGGCAACGAGUUGCCUAGCAACAUCAAUGCUGGUCUCUAUGGCAACUUCAAAGCACAGCUCCGAUUCAUCUCUGACUUUUCAAUUUCAUAUGAGGGAUUCAACAUAACUUUUUCUGAAUAUACUUUGGAGCCAUGUGAGGACCCUGGCAUGCCUCGGUUCGGCAGGAGAAACGGCUUCAGUUUUGGCGUUGGAGACACUUUGUCUUUUUCCUGCAAUAUGGGAUAUCGCCUAGAGGGGGCGCCAGAGUUAGUCUGUCUGGGAGGUGGACGGAGAAUGUGGAGCGCUCCUUUACCAAGAUGUGUCGCGGAGUGUGGCUCUUCAGUUAUAAACAAUGAAGGGAUCCUUCUCUCUCCAAACUAUCCAAUGAAUUAUGACAACAAUCACGAGUGCAUCUACAGCAUCCAGGUGCAGGCUGGGAAAGGCAUCAACAUCUCUGCUCGAACCUUUCAUCUCGCCCAAGGGGAUAUACUCAAGAUUUAUGAUGGCAAAGACAACACAGCCCAUGUUCUCGGAGCAUUCACCGGAUCAUCUAUGUUGGGCCUGACGCUGAUCUCCACUUCAAACCAUCUCUGGCUGGAGUUUUACAGUGACGCAGAAAGUACAGGGGAAGGAUUCAAACUGGUCUACUCGAGUUUUGAGUUGUCUCAUUGCGAGGACCCAGGCGUGCCUCAGUUCGGCUUCAAGGUCAACGACCAAGGCCAUUUCUCUGGGAGCAGCAUCACGUACAGAUGCGAGCCUGGAUACACUCUGCAUGGAGCCUCCACACUGAAGUGCAUGACAGGCGAGAGGAGAGCCUGGGAUAACCCUCUGCCUUCUUGUAUAGCGGAGUGUGGUGGUCGUUUUAAAGGUGAGUCCUCUGGAAGGAUUCUUUCUCCUGGAUACCCUUUUCCUUACGACAAUAACCUACGCUGCACCUGGACCAUUGAGGUGGACUCGGGAAACAUUGUGAGCCUUCAGUUCUUAUCCUUUGACACGGAAGCCAGCCACGACAUGCUGAAGGUUUGGGAUGGACCGCCUGAGAAUGAAAUGUCUUUGGCUGAGCUCAGUGGGUCUCUGCUUCCUGAGGGAAUCCACUCCACGUUGAAUACUGUCACUGUUCAGUUUGAGACUGAUUUUUACAUCAGCAAGUCAGGAUUUGCUAUUCAGUUCUCGAGCUCAGUAGCUACAGCCUGCAGGGACCCAGGUGUACCGAUGAAUGGAAGUCGUAGUGGAGAUGGCCGUGAGCCGGGGGAUUCGGUGUCCUUUCAGUGUGACCCAGGAUACGAGCUCCAGGGGGAUGACAAAAUCACCUGUAUACAAGUGGAUAAUAGAUACUACUGGCAGCCCAGCCCGCCGGUCUGCAUCGCUCCGUGUGGGGGAAACCUAACUGGUUCCAAUGGAUUUAUCCUGUCUCCCAACUACCCACAUCCCUACCCUCACUCCAAGGACUGUGAUUGGCUCAUUGCUGUCAACUCUGAUUAUGUCUUGUCACUGGCCUUCAUCAGUUUCAAUAUUGAGCCAAACUACGACUUCCUGUAUAUCUACGAUGGUCCAGAUAGCAACAGUCCUCUGAUUGGAAGCUUCCAGGACAGCAAACUCCCAGAGAGGAUAGAAAGCAGUUCAAAUACCAUGCAUUUAGCCUUCCGCAGUGAUGGGUCUGUUUCUUACACUGGCUUUCACCUGGAAUACAAAGCCAAGCUGAGGGAAUCCUGCUUUGACCCAGGUGUAGUUCUGAAUGGGACGAGGCUAGGAUCCGAUUAUAAGCUCGGCUCUACUGUCACCUUCUAUUGUGAGGCCGGAUACGUUUUACAGGGCUAUUCAACCCUAACCUGCAGUAUGGGAGAUGAUGGCAGACCAGGCUGGAAUAGGGCAUUGCCGAGUUGUCAAGCUCCCUGUGGAAGUCGUUCUACAGGAUCAGAAGGGACUGUUUUAUCUCCAAACUUCCCCAGAAACUACACCUCUGGACAGACCUGUGUCUACUCUAUAGCUGUACCUAGAGAGUUUGUCCUGUUUGGUCAGUUUGUGUUGUUCCAGACAUCUCUAAAUGAUGUGGUGGAAAUCUACGAUGGACCCACUCAGCAAAACACGCUGCUGUCUUCUCUCUCUGGGUCCCACUCUGGUGAGUCUCUCCCUCUGAGUUCAGGAAACCAGAUCACGAUAAAGUUUACCACAGUUGGACCAGAAACUGCAAAGGGAUUUCACUUCGUCUACCAAGCUGUCCCGAGGACCAGCUCCACGCAGUGCAGUUCGGUUCCCGAGCCACGCUUUGGGAAGCGUCUCGGUAAUGACUUUGCGGUUGGCUCCCAGGUGCAGUUUGAGUGCAACCCUGGUUAUGUCCUGCAUGGCUCUACUGCCAUACGAUGUGAGAGUGUACCAGACAACCUGGCACAAUGGAAUGACACCCUGCCUACAUGCAUAGUUCCCUGUGGGGGUGUGUUGACCUCUCGUCGUGGGACUAUCCUGUCGCCUGGAUAUCCAGAGCCCUACGACAACAACCAGAACUGUGUGUGGAAGGUCUCGGUUCCAGAAGGGGCUGGAAUACAGAUACAAGUCAUCAGCUUUGCCACUGAGCAUAACUGGGACUCUUUGGAUUUUUACGAUGGUGCCGACAACCACGCACCCAGACUGGGCAGCUACUCUGGCACCACCAUCCCCCCUCUCUUGAAUAGUACAUCUAACAACCUCUAUCUAAGCUUCAGCUCGGAUAUUAGUGUCUCAGCUGCGGGUUUUCACCUGGAGUACACAGCUAUCGGUCUGGAAUCGUGUCCCGAGCCUCAGACUCCAAGCUAUGGAAUAAGACAAGGAGACAGAUUUAUGGUGGGAGACGUCGUGCAGUUUUCAUGUGAACAAGGAUACUCUCUUCAGGGAAAUGCCCAUAUCACCUGUAUGCCUGGACCUGUGAGAAGGUGGAACUACCCUGUACCACUGUGUCUUGCCCAGUGUGGUGGGUCUAUGACAGAUGUCAGUGGAGUGAUUCUAAGUCCUGGUUACCCUGGCAACUACCCGAGUGGAUUAGACUGCACAUGGACGGUCAACUUACCUGUUGGCUUUGGUAUCCAUCUCCAGUUCCUGAACUUCUCCACUGAAGCGAUUCACGAUUACUUAGAGAUCCGCAGCGGAACGUUGGAAACAGGCUCAGUCAUCGACCGGUUCAGCGGUCCUGUCAUCCCCAAGCCGCUCUUUAGCACCACCCACCAGACCAGCUUCUUCUUCCACAGUGACUAUUCACAGAACAAACCAGGGUUCCACAUCACAUAUCAAGCCUACCAGCUCCAGAGUUGCCCAGACCCUCGACCAUUUCGAAAUGGGAUUGUGAUUGGCUCAGAUUUCAGUGUUGGGAUGACAGUGUCAUUUGAAUGUCUGCCCGGAUAUUCUCUGAUCGGAGAGGCUUCGCUCACAUGUUUACACGGAAUCAGCAGGAACUGGAAUCACCCACUGCCACGAUGUGAAGCUCUCUGUGGUGGCAACAUCACAUCAUUAAAUGGAACCAUUUACUCUCCUGGUCACCCAGAGGAAUACCCCAACUUCCAGGACUGCGUGUGGAGUGUUAGAGUUCCUCCUGGACAUGGGAUUUACAUUAAUUUUACUGUCCUGAGCACUGAGCCCAUAUAUGACUACAUUACUGUCUGGGAUGGCCCAGACCAAUCAUCUCCUCAAAUUGGCCAGUUUAGUGGGAACACAGCUUUGGAGUCUGUCUACUCGACUUCCAACAUCAUCCUCAUCAAAUUCCACUCUGACUUCUCUGGAGCUGGCUUCUUUGUCUUAAGCUACCAUGCCUACCAGUUAAGGGUUUGCCAGCCUCCUCCAGAGGUGCCCAAUGCUGACAUGCUAAUGGAGGACGGCGAGUUGGAGAUAGGUGACAUCAUCAGGUACAGAUGCCAUCCUGGAUUCUCAUUGGUUGGCAAUGAGAUUCUAACAUGUCGCCUUGGAGAAAGACUGCAGAUGGAUGCACCACCGCCAACAUGCCAAGUCCAAUGUCCUGCACAUGAUGUGCGAUAUGACUCAUCGGGUGUCAUCUUGAGCCCAGGUUGGCCUGAAAGCUACCCUAACCUCCAAAUGUGUUCCUGGAGUGUUACAGUAGAGAAAGGAUACAACGUCACCAUUACCUUUGAAAGUUUCCACACGGAGAGAGAGUUUGAUGUGUUGGAGAUUUUUGAUGGUCCCACAGCCAACACUCCCACUCUGGCAACACUGAGCGGCGACCUGCCAACACCCUUUAACCUCACAACCUCCGGUCACCAGUUCUUGGUCCGCUGGUCUUCAGACCACGGCACAAACAAGAAAGGCUUCAAAAUUCGCUAUGUUGCUAUGUACUGCUCGACCCCAGACUCUCCGCUCCAUGGCUCCAUCUCCUCUCAGAGCGGUGGCCAUGUUAACAGUGUGGUGCGCUGGGCUUGCGACCGUGGUUAUCAUCUGAUAGGCAAUGCCACCGCAACCUGCCGUCGCACGCCGCUCAGCUACCACGCGUGGGACUCACCUGUGCCCGCUUGUCAAGCCGUCUCAUGCGGGGCACCCAAGGCUCCUAUAAACGGCGGCGUUUUAACAGCUGACUACUCAGUUGGAACAAGAGUUUCCUAUUUUUGUAACGACGGGUACAGACUGUCCAGUAAAGAGCUGACGUCGGCCAUCUGCCAGCCCGAUAGAACAUGGAGCAACCAUAAUAAGAUACCACGGUGUUCCGUGGUCGUAUGUCCCAGCAUCGGGUCGUUCUCUUUAGAGCACGGCCGCUGGAGGAUUGUCAACGGUUCACACUACGAGUACAGAACCCGCAUUGUGUUCACCUGCGAUCCGGGAUACUACAGAUUAGGCCCCGCCCAUAUCCAGUGCUUGUCCAAUGGUAUGUGGAGCUGGAGAAACGAGAGGCCGCACUGCCAAAUUAUAUCCUGUGGUGAGCUGCCAUCUCCGCCCAAUGGGAAGAAGAUUGGUACUCAGACAACAUUUGGUGCUACAGCCAUCUUCACCUGCGAUUCUGGCUUCAUGCUGGUGGGGUCAGUUGUCAGAGAGUGCCUGUCAUCUGGGCUUUGGAGUGGAACGGAAACGCGAUGUUUAGCUGGUCACUGUGGAAUCCCAGAAGGCAUUGUGAACGGCCAGGUGAUAGGAGAGAACUUCGGAUACCGUGAUACAGUCGUGUAUCAGUGUCUGCCUGGUUUUCGACUAAUAGGCUCAUCCGUUCGGAUCUGUCUCCAAGACAACCAGUGGUCUGGACAGCUACCCGUCUGUAUACCAAUCAGCUGUGGCCAUCCAGGAAGUCCCAUAUAUGGUCGAACGGUGGGAAAUGGCUUCAACCUCAACGAUGUGGUCAGCUUCGUUUGUAAUCGGGGUUAUGAAAUGGAGGGGCCGGCACGCGCUCAGUGUCAGGCCAACCGCCAAUGGAGCCAUCCGCCCCCAACGUGUAAAGUGGUCAAUUGCUCCGAUCCAGGUAUCCCAGCCAACUCCAUCCGACAGAGUAAAAUAGAGCAUGGGAAUUUUACCUUUGGCACUGUGGUUUUCUACGACUGUAACCCAGGAUAUUACCUGUUUGGAUCACCUGUACUGACCUGUCAACCUACCGGACAGUGGGACAAACCCCUGCCUGAAUGUAUAGUUGUGGUCUGUGGUCAUCCCGGCUCUCCCCCUAACGGUGUGCUGAGCGGGGAUAAGUUUACAUUUGGUUCAACGGUUCGAUACUCCUGUCUGGGUGGAAGACAGCUGAAAGGAGAAUCAUCCAGGACUUGUCAGCUCAAUGGGAUGUGGAGUGCCCCCAUGCCCUUCUGCUCUGGGGACACAACUGGUUCCUGUGGCGAUCCUGGCAUUCCCUCCCAUGGCUCGAGAGAACAGACGGAUUUCAGGAUCCGUUCCAAGGUUCACUUCAGCUGCUCGGAGGGCUAUGAUCUGAUUGGUUCUUCAGAGAGGAUGUGUUUCCCGAAUGGAACCUGGUCCGGCACACAGCCCUUCUGUAAACCUGUCCAGUGUGGUAACCCUGGCACUCCCAGCAAUGGCAGAGUAUUUCGUUUGGAUGGAACAACAUUUUCUCACUCGGUCAUCUACUCCUGCAUGGAUGGCUACCUGCUCACAGGCGCCACCACCAGGCAGUGUCAGGCCAACGGGACCUGGUCAGCAGUACAGCCCAACUGUACCAUGAUAAACUGUGGGGAUCCAGGUGUGCCAGCCAACGGCCUUCGCUACGGAGAAGACUUUACGAUUGGUCAGAAUGUCUCCUUCCAGUGCCAACCAGGAUACCGAAUGGAGGAGGAUGGAUCACCUGUGAGGACGUGCACCCAAAAUGGGACGUGGAGUGGAAAUAUGCCUAUGUGUACAGCGGUGACCUGCCCAGCUCCCCCUGUCAUCAGUAAUGGUGUAUUGCAGGGCAGUGACUUUGAAUGGGGCAGCAGCGUGAGCUACAGUUGCUCACCUGGAUAUGAGCUUUCAUUCCCAGCCGUCCUGACCUGCGUGGCCAAUGGCAGCUGGAGUGGCAUGCUACCACAGUGCUUACCCAAGUUUUGUGGUGACCCUGGUACUCCAGUCGGCGGUUUCAGAGAGGGGCGAAGUUUCAUCUACCAAUCAGAAGUGUCCUUCAGCUGCGCUCCCCCUCUCAUUCUGGUCGGAACAGCGACCAGACUUUGUGAAAGCGAUGGCACAUGGAGUGGCACGCAGCCACGCUGUAUUGAGCCGACCAAAACCAGCUGUGAUAACCCCGGAACUCCACGCUAUGGCUCCUUAAACCGGACCUAUGGUUUCAAGGUGGGGAGCAUAGUGUCAUUUCAGUGCCAACCGGGACAUUUGAUUCAGGGUUCUUCCUCUAGAACCUGCCAGCCUGAUCUGACUUGGAGUGGAACACAACCUGAGUGCAUACCUCAUGCCUGUAAACAGCCAGAGAGCCCACUCCAUGUGGACGUGGUGGGCAUGGAUCUGCCUGGUUUUGGCUACACCUUGGUGUACAGCUGUCAGCAUGGCUACUUCCUGGCAGGGGGUUCUGAACACAGAGUCUGCAAGAGUGACGGCACUUGGACAGGAAAGAUGCCUAUAUGUCGAGCUGGAGAGAAGAAGAAGCCCGUGAAGCCAGCAACAGGAACCCCCAGCCCCAAACUAAAUGUUCCAGAUGAUGUCUUUGCUCCUAACUACAUAUGGAAAGGUUCCUAUAAUUACCGUGGGAGGAAGCAGCCGAUGACACUGAGCAUCACCAGCUUCAACUCCACAACAGGGAGAGUCAAUGUUUCCCUUAGCAACGGGAACAUGAACCUUCUCCUUUCAGGAGUGUAUAAGGCUUCUGAGGCCAGGCUGUUACUGCGGAUGUAUCAGGUGAACUAUGUGAACCAGGGAAAUCAGCUCAAAGAUUCAGCCAUCUCUCCAGCCAAAAUCAUAGAUGACUCCUGGACCAUGGAUGGAUUUGUUUCAGCAGAGCCUGAUGGUUCUAGUUAUGUAUUCCAGGGUUUCAUUCAGGGAAAAGACUACGGGCAGUUUGGACUGCAAAGACUGGGUCUGAAUAUGUCAGAGAGUCAGAACUCGCCACCCCCUCAGCUUGGUACCAACAGCAGUUCUGUGGCUAUUGCCAUUCUGGUGCCUUUCUUUGCUCUAAUAUUCACUGGCUUUGGCUUCUAUCUCUACAAACAAAGAACCACACCAAAAACACAGUACACAGGCUGCUCAGUGCAUGAAAACAACAACGGCCAAGCAGCUUUUGAGAACCCCAUGUACAACACCAACGCCAAGGCCGUGGAGGGGAAGGCUGUUAGAUUCGAUCCUAAUCUAAAUACUGUGUGCACCAUGGUCUGAGGAUUGAUUAUCCUCACUUGAACCUAAUGACUCAGAUAUCUAAUGGGACCACAACUGGUACGAGACUGUGGGGAAGUAGCCGUGUGCUUCGACUCAAACCUCGAGCAUUGUCAGCAGCAUGGUCUUAUUCAUUGAUUACAAAAGACCUUGAGUUCCAGUUCAGAAACCUUUUCUUCCUGAGUGGAAAAGUGGCCACUUAAAACCAAAACCCAGCUACCACAGCAUUUUGUAUCCACAAAGGUAAUUUAAACAAAUGUGAACACAAAAUAUCUGCUACCUUCAACAGAUACAACACAACUCACAGUGAGAUGUGACAUCAAUUGAAAGAAAAAGGAUGUGACCCAGCGGAACACUGUACCAGCUGCUAACCCCAAGACUCGGCUGAUUAUGGAUAGUUCAUAACUUGAUUCUAAACCAGACACAGCCAUUAUAAUUCAACCUCUUAUUUAACCUCAAAUACUGUCUCUGAUACAGGAGUAAUGAUUAAGCCAUGACCUGCUUGUCUGACAUCAUGGCAUGUCACCAUAACCCAAAUGCCGAAUUUUGUAUUUCACACAGAGCUUUGGAGAGAAGGACCCACUCUCAGCUCUGUGGCUAUUAGUCCUUGCCUAGGAAGAUAGAGGGAGAGAGAGAGAGAGAGAGAGCCCAUUAUCAGUGCCCUGGCCAUGGUUAUACAUCAUGGAGAUAAACUGCACUACAAAAAUGUAUUGAUUUCAUUUGUAACACGUUGUCUCUCCAACUGUACUGAACAAAUCCUCACUGUGAGGAACACAGAAGCAAAAUGGCCACAGAUCAGAACAUGUGGCAUGAAGAAACAUGUCACAAAAGACACUGUGAGGCAAAGAAAUGUGUUUCCAAGUAUCUGAGUUCAAAUCUGACAGUAAGAGACGCUGUCACCAGCAGACCUUCAGUAAACCACGCUGACUAGUUGUGAAUGGGAGCCUAUUUCUAAAGAGACCAUGGAAUACAACACCUGAGCGAACCACACAGGACAACCUCGUGUUUCCCUAACAAACAGAGGCUGGUAUCACGAGUCUCUUGUUUUGUUUUGGGGUUUUUUUUCUGUUGAAAUGGAAUCUGAAAUGGCUAAUGCUAGCAGAGAGUAGCGAAAGUUACUUUGAAAAGAGGCAAAACUCUUAAGGAAGGGAUAAGGGCGACCCUGGAGAAGGAGCUAUAAUCCUAACUGAACUGGGAUUAGAGCAAAGCAAAACUAAAAGGAAUCUAAAGGGGAGCCAGCACUAAGAGAACAGAUGAGAGGAGACGGACUCAUCGAAUGGAUAAACUGCUCCUUCGCAUCCGGCGGAUAAGAGAGAAGGCUGAGGAGACAGAGACAACCCCGAACCGAACUGGAAGUAAAGUGAGGGAGUCAUCAAGAGAAAAGACAAGCUCUUAAAAUCCUAACUCAAGCCAAUCAGAGCCUAUCUAACCUGAAAUCCACUACUGAGAGGUUGGCCUUCCCUGUGCAUAAUGAAUCAGAUCAGACAAAAUAUGGCCUUGAGGAAAGAUGUUCCUGAUCCUGUGAAUUUAAGUGCUUUCUGAUGAGAAAGACACUGAAUGGAUACCGAGUACUCUGACGAUGGACUUACAAGACUUUGAGAAAGAGAGAAAGCUCUGGCACUAAAGCACAUUUUACCUGUCUACCCACGGAGAGAUGGCGUAACACAGGGACAGAUAGAAAGGUUAGAGGGAAACUGACAGGAUGAGUGACAGAAAAUAUGGCAGGUACGCACGCUAACAAAAAUCUGGAGAGACAGGAAGACGGAGCGCAGACAGAUGGUAUUAAGACUAACAGCUAGAGACACAAGGAGAUAGACAAGUUCAAGAAAGACAGGCAGGGUCUUGAAACUGUUGCGGACCAUCGUGCGCUGUCUCCACUCCACAGACGGAUUUACAGGACUUACAUACAGGGUUGUAGCCCUACGAUUGUGGACACAGAUCCACUGUAAUUCUGCACUCUGCGAGUGCUUACCUUCUUUCUUUGUUAUUGCUGCAGAAUCUUCUGAUCUGUAAAUCUAUUGCAUAUAUAUUCGGGAGCAUUCACCACUUAUAUUUUUGUGCUAUAUAUUUACCACCGGGGAGGGGCUGAAGGGAAAAGACGGAUUAUAGCAGAGUUUUUAAAAAAAAGAAAAAAAGAGAGAAAUACCAGAAUAAAAGAUAUUACAAAUAUGUGCUGUUCACAGAAGUCACAAACAGUAAUUUGGUUCCUUUGAAACACAGAAAUGAUUUAUCUUAAUUUGUUGUGUAACGUGAAGUUCCCCUCACCAUCACUGUUUUUCCCACUGAGGCAAUCACGAGUGUCAUUGGUAUUGUUGUUGUCAUUAGUGUCCAGAUGAUGCAAGGUUUGCCAGCAACAAUCAUGAUCUUAAAAGUUAACGUUCCAUCAGACAUUCAUUUCAAAUGCAGUUAAUCUAAACCAGUGGUUCUGCCACUACAAAUGCAUACAUGUCCCCGUAAUGGUCAGCGUUGUGACCACAGAUAACAUUUUAAUGAUCUGCAGGAAUAACAGCACUGUUUGCUACCCUAACUGGUGAUGUGAGGCCACAGAAAUUUGCACAUCAAAACUCUGAACUGAUGUUGUUUUUGUAAUUAGAGUUCAGAGAUGUCAGCAAACUGUGUCUUGUUAGGGAAACACAUGAACCCCAGCUUUCAAAAGAGAACACUUGUUUGAUUACACGUGGCCAAACUCUGAUUUAGAUCUGACUCUGGUUGAGGUUAAUGUUCUAUUCUCUGGCUCUCACAAGGACAGUAAAAACAAUGUUAGUAAUAAUAACAGUGAUAAUUGCUGGUGAGCUGUCCAACAUGUCAUUUGUGGAUGAUGGCCUACUGUAUGUACAAGAUUUUUGGAACAUUUUAUACACUUUAUGGAUUUAAAACUAAAGGAUGAAUUUGAUUUAGGAUGUUUUCAGUGGGUUUGUUUGUUAGUUACAAAACAUGUGUUUUAAUCCUGUUUGUUUAUAAAACCUAAAAGAUGAGAUUUGUAAAUCCGAAAUGAUCGUUGUCACAAGGUCACCUCCAGAUUUUAUGUCAUGGAGUCUCAGUUCUGGUGUUUUACUCUGUGUUUGGUGUGUUGGGUCUGACAAAUUAACGCUGAAAUGUUCGGGAUCACAUGAAUUCUGUUUUUGGGUUCUUUGAAAAUUUAAGUGGCACUUUCACUGAAAACCACAUCAGUUAUGUUGUUUUGUGUGUAUAUGUUGCAUUUCAAAAGCUAAAAGUUCCUUGAACGUCAUUCUUUCAGAAACACUGAAGCUUUAAUGUGAAUUGACUAUUUGGGAGAAGAUCUUUAGAUUUCAACUUGACAGUGAAGUGAAUUCAAACACAAAACCAAGGCCACUGAGAUUCAAAAUCUCCCCUUGCUAUUGCUUGUUUUUGUUUUAUUAAAAUGUAACCUUACAUUGUCAGCUCAGUGUUCCUUGGCUGGUAGCUAUUUUUCAGAUCUCACCUAUUCUGUGACAUUUGGAACAGCUGGCAACCCACUGGAGACUGCUGUCGAACGUGUCAUUCUUUCUGAUGGUGUCGUGUGCCAUCAAUGAACCACUGCUGAGAAAAGAAAAGAUGUCUAAUUUUUGCGUGACACUGUUCUUAACAACCACAUAGUCAUAUUGUAAGGGUGGGUGGGCCUGAAAAUACGUCAUAUACUGCUCAUAUACUAAUUGGUCCACACACGAAUACAGGAAUACAUCUAUCAAUGAGCAUGAAUUACUGUUUUACAGCUUUGGUGCCCGUUUAAAAAAAAAAAAAAAUAUUUGUUUCUUUUGAAGAGCCUGGCUUAAAGGGUUGAGGCUGAAUUCAGUUUUGGUCCCACACAUGAUGAAUACCAGUCAUUUUUAAUGAGUCUGGGUGAAAGCGAGAACAUCUACUUUGUUUUAAUAACCCCUGCUGCCGUGACCACAGGCAUCAACUGCAACCAGCUGACAGAAAACACCUUUUAAAGUCAUUACUGAUUUCAAAGCAACGAUAGCUGCAGCUUCCUUGUUUAUCAAUGCUGCGACUGUCCCGCACUGCAUCGCUUUAGUGACAUUGUUUCUUAUUAACGUUUGGACUGAUUGUUGCUGCUGCUGUCAUUGUUGUUGCUGUUGUUGUUGUUGUUGUUUUUUCGGUAUGGAUCUGAUACAGUGCCUACCAAAAACCAUGGGACCCUCCCUGCCAUGUACACACACACGGUCACACACACACACACACACACACACACACACACACACACACACACACAUACAUAUAUACAUGCAAACACACACCUGCUCCAGCCCCACCCCUUCAUCAGAAGUCAUUUUUUUCUAAGCUUCAGUCUAUUUUGCCACAAGCUUUCCUACUGACUGACCGCAAUAAGACCCAUGUGAUUAGAAAGACUUAAAGUGACAGUUCACACCAAAAUCAAAAGCACAUGUUUUUCCUGUUAGUCUGUACUGCUAUUUAUCGAUCUAAAGUGUUCUGGUAUGAGUUUUCUUGAAUACAGUUUAACCAGAUGGCACUUCUGCUGUGGUGCUCUUGGUACCAAAAAAUACAUUUGAAAAACUCAUGUCUCUUUCCAGAAUCAUGACCUGGUAACCCAAGAUAAUCUGCAGACCUUGUUCCAAGCAGUUUCAUAUCGGAACUACACUACACAGGAGGAAGCCUGCACAGGCUGACUAAUUACACUAGCUAAUGCCACAACUCUUCUGAAGAAGACGCCCUCUUUCCCUCUCACACAGUUCCUACAUUAAACCACUCAAGAUUAGUGGUUUAACGUUAGUGACCAAGUCAAAAUAUAGUUCUUCGCACUAUAUUCUUUUGGCACCUUGACCACCGAUUGCUAUCUAGUUCCAUCAUAUUGAAACAAAGGCAGGCAUCUUUCUAGCUGGCAACUCACAACAAAACAGUCUAGAUUUAAAAAAGCACUACAGAUAUGAGGAAAAAUCUGUACUUUUGAUUUUGGUGUGAACUGUCCCUUUAAAGCCGUUCCUGCCUGGGGACAUUGGGAAUAUUCACCAUUUGAAAAAAAAAAAGAUGAAAUAUAGAAUAAAAAAGUGUUUUGUACAGAAAUAUAUUUUUAUGAUGAAAUUAUUUGUAAAAUGUAUGAAUCUAUUAUGUAAAUUUUCAAUGCAAUGUAAGAUUAAA